AUGUCGAAUCAACAUAGGAGACCAACAUCUUCUUUUCAAUUACAUGAGGACUCUUAUGAACCGAGCUGGAGUCAACAAUUUAGUCACAGUACGAGGACUUUUAGACAAACGGAUGAUUAUUUAAAUGAUGUAUAUCCAAAACGACCAAAUUCACAAACAUACUUGGACAAAAUUCGAGAAAAGAAAAGAAACACUGUUCUUUCAGAUCCCACUGUUUGGGCAAAAGAAACAAGGGAUCUCCUCAAAAAGGAUAUGAGUAUUCCUUUACCAAGGAAAAUUAAAAGAAGAAAUGUUGGAGGAAUACCCACCAAUACAAUUGGCAGAAGGAUUAAGGGCAAUUUGUACAAACAAGCCCCAAUACUACCAAAGGAAAACCAAUUAAAUCCAGCCCUUCCUCUUCCACCAAUAGCAGAAUCAGAGUUGGAUAAGGGUUUAAUUAAUUUAAUUAAUAGAAAGUUGGUACCAUCAUUCAUUGAUUUGUCACCACUUGUAAAUAACGACGAGAAUUCACCAAUAACUGCUUCACAAGCUGUUUUAAAUCCCUAUCACUAUCAAUUAGUUAAGAAGAAUGUACAAACGGAGGAUACUGCAAACUCACAUCUUUAUAGAAUGGAGAGUGGUCCACCAAGCCCGGAAAGAGAAAUACCCUACACCACCAGAUCAAAUCCAACAACAAGGAAAAAGGAACCCUCAAUAGUUCCAUUCGGAAAUCAAAAAAUUUACAAUCUCAAAUCAAAAGAUGCCACCGUUUAUAUGCCUAAAAAUUAUAUUCAACAACCAAUUGAUUCAGUUCUUGAUCCAACUGAGGAACAACGUAUCAACUCAUUGCUUGAGGCAACAAAUGAUAGAAAAAAGCAACAAUAUUUGAGAACCUAUAUUGACCUUAUGGAUGAAUACAGUUUGCAUCAUGUUAUUAUACGUCAUGGAUCAUUACUGGAUAAUACUCCAGAAUAUUUGUCAUUCUAUAGAACUUAUCAAUAUAACUGGAGUAGAAUUUAUAGCGUUCUUUCCCUAUUGGAAAAACUACUUCGAGACUUUACAGUUCCUCUGGCUUACGUAGAUGGUAAGAAAGUUGUUUUCUUAGCUGAAAGAACUAUAGAUCCGAAUAAUAGACAAUUGAUUGAUUGUUUGGUUAAUGCUGAAAAUGUAAUUCCUUACAUAAAACUUCCAGAUGUUAAAUUCAUGGGAAGAAAUGGGCAGAAUAAUGCAGCAACAUGUAUUCAGAGAAUUUGGAAAGGUUAUAUACAAAGAAAAAGGUUUUCAAGACUCAAGUACGAACAUAAAAUGGCCACAAGAAUUCAAUUUUGGUGGUUCCUUAGAGUUAGAUUAUUCAGGACCAAAGAAAAAAUUCAGAAAAUUAUACACGACGAGGAAUUCAAAUGGAAAUCAAAGAUGGAUGAAUUCAAAAAGAAUUGGGAUACCAUUAAGAAAUCAAAGAGGACAAUUAUUCACAUCAAUUCUCUUACAUAUGAUGAAUCUGUAAGAACAACAACUCCAAAAUUCAAAUCAUCCCAAAAUUCUCAACUCUUCAGAAUUUUGGAUUUAUUGGAUCCAAAUGUAGAAGUAGUAUAUGUUACAUCUGAGCCAUUGGAUAGUGAUGUAUUAUCAUAUGUUUGUAAAUUAUUGGAAUUUGGAGGAGUUGAGGAACCAAUGAGAAGACUCAAAGUAAUUACACCAGAAUCUAAUGACAAAUAUCCAGAUUCGACAAGUUUAUCAUCUCUUGUUUAUUAUUCCCAAAGAACAAUGAGGCAUUUGCGAACUCUUGUCAUGGGUAAGACGGCGUACCUUGUUCCAGGUCAACUCGGAAAAGACGAUUUAAGACUUGCUAUCAAACUUCAGUUACCAAUUUUAGGAUCAGAUCCUGUUAACUCUACUAUUUAUGGAACCAAGUCAGGAAGCAAGAGAAUUUUUGCUCAAGCAGAAGUGAAUAUGCCUUUUGGAAUUUAUGAUAUUUAUGAGGAAGAAGACUUGAUCUCUAAUUUAUCGAGGAAACUAAUGGAAUAUCCACAAUAUUCUCGUUGGAUAAUUAAGAUAGAUAACGAAUAUGGAGGAAGAGGCCUUGCUUUCUUGGAUGUAAACAAACUUUCCUCACUCAAGGAGAAACGAAGAAAUGAACCAAUGUUUGCUGAGAGGUUAAGGGCCAAUCUUGCAGAAGAACUGGGAGAAUACAUGCCGGAGAGAUUGAACAUUGUAUCGAAACAUGUGUAUCCCCAAUGGCCUGAUUUCCUCAAAGCACUUAAAGAUUGUGGUGGAGGUGUUAUUGAAGCUGUUCCAAACAAGAUUAUCGGUUCUCCUUCUGUUAAUUUGUUCAUUGAACCCAAUGGAGAAGUUAAUAUUUUAUCUGUACAAGAACAGUUAGUCAAUUCUCAAUAUUGCACCAUGUCAUGCUCUUUCCCUCAUUAUUCUGCGCCAUAUGACGCACUGAGAGAGGCAUCCUUCUCAGUUGGAAGAGUAUGUCAUUCCAAAAAGAUAUUCGGUUAUGUAACGAUAGACUUUGUAAUAUUUGUUGACGAGAAGGAUUGUGCUAGAAUGUGGGCAGUAGAUCUAAAGUUAAGACUCACAGACAAUGCACUCUCACAUAGAAUGUUCGAAUUGAUUACCAAAUCAAGAUUUGAUAAGGACAGUGGACAAUCUCUGAGCUCUGAAGGCUUAGAGAGCGAAAUUAACAAUAGAAGCUACAUAUACAGUGGAAUGAUGAGAAAUCCUGCAAUAAGCUCUUGGCAUCACUCUUCCUUCUUCAGCGAUUGCAGAGUGAAUGGUUUUUCCUUGGACGGAUACGGAAAGUUUGGUGUUAUUUUCCAACAAGUUGAUUCAUUACUGAGAGGGCAACUUGGUGUUUUAUGUAUUGGAAAGACUGCACGAGAGACAUCUACACUAUUCUGCAAUUUAGUGAACUAUCUAAUAAGUUUGAUACCUAAGGAAGAUCGUUUACCAAUCGGUUAUGAUUCCAAUCUGAAAAUCUUAGAAGAAAUUGUUUCAAACCUCGUUCAUGGUAGUAAUGAAUAA